AUGCUUGUCUUGAAUCCUUCCUACCAAUUGGAAAGCCACAGCCUCCUGCAAUGUAGGAGCAACAGUGAGGAUAUCCCGACACGCAAGAUUUCCUCCCACGGUGGCGACCGCGCUAGCAACCUGUGCAAGGCAGGUGGCGUGCAGAGCUCUCUCAAGACAGCACAGGGCGGUAAGCGUGCUUCUUCAACGCCUAAAAAGCUCUACUUCCGGAUUGAAAACAAUGUCUUCUAUGAUCCCGUAAGUGAGAAGCGUAGAGGAUGCCAUGCACGUCGCGUGACAAAGAGGAAGGAUCGUAGAUGUAACGCCACACGAAAAGAGAAGCGCGAGUCUCGGUUCAGAUUAUUGUGUGCGUUUCACAAUGCCUCCAAUCCCAAUGCUGUGGUUGACAUGGCAGCUUCUGAUCCCAUACUCAAUGCAAGACAUCUUUCGGACGAUGGGACAGCCAGACUUGCCAGCUGGAUUGCAAAUGAGAGAACGCCAGGGCCGGCAAAACUCGAGCCGAGGGGUAACACUUCUUGGGUCGCUAAUGUGAAGGCGUGGACAAAAACAGCAACUUGUGGCAGGUCAUGCGCUGCGAUGGGAGAUGAAUCGAAAAACCAACUAAAAAGGGAAAUGGCAGAAACUUCGAAGACGCAGUUGAAAUCACAUUUGGAUCUGUCUCAUGUAAAGAGCAACUUCUCCGCACUCCGGUUUGCCCCACCGCAACCGACUCCCUUAACCUCUCCCAGCGUGAGAUCUCGUUCAGUCAAACCCAAUGUGGGUACUGAGACACACUAUGAGUCUAGUGAGGAAAUCGGAUCCGAUUUGCCCCUUCCAGACCUACCGAAGAAUCCCUUCGAGAGCGUCAUCAUCAACAUUCCGGUGUUAGGGUUCAAAAGGUGUGGCAAGACAAGCCUCCUUAAUAGCCUUGUGCAGACUGGCCCCACCAGAUUCACCACCUCGUCCUCGCGAACACCGACUUACUACUAUCCUAUGGUGAUUUUCAAUUAUCAGGUCUUCAACUUCCGACUAAUCGAUUGCCCCAUGAUGCUGCAGAACUUUCCCCUCUCCACGCUCGAUGCAUGGACAGAUUUUCGUGGUUGGGGUCUCCAUGUAGCUGACUUCUUCAUUCUCGUCUUCGAUAUUACCUGUGAACUCUCCUUCCAGUAUAUGAAACUGCUGCGUGAACAAAUACUUGCUGCGAAUAUGAAUGUGCCCAUGGUGAUAGUAGCGAACAAAAUUGACUUGCUCAAGGAUUCAAGCAGCACUGGCACGCCUCACCAAUCCUUGACUGCAACUUCACUUUUGUUGCAGCGAUCGGCAAGAUACAAUGGUCGGGUAUCCUCAAGGAAUCAUUUGGACGGAUCGGUCAAUCUUGAGGAUAGUAGUUACGCUUCGGGUGCGCCACCCAUCUCCUUUCUGCCGCAUAGUCACGCAUCUGUUGGAUUCUGUCACAGGAUGGCAUUUCGACGCGACGUAGCCCUGUUGGUGAAAAAGCAUUGGAAGGGAUGCGUGCUGGUGGAGUGCUCGGCUCUCUACAACUUCAACACGCUGGCUAUUCUCAGGGAGGUGCUGCGAUUUGUACAGUACCGACAGUGUAGCCAAAAACUCUCCACAGCUCAAACUGCACAGGCGGUGUGGCAGAGAAAUCAGUGUCGUGUCCUUUGA